AUGGACUGCCUUCUUGGCUAUUCCGAGCAGAAUACUUGUAACUUCAUGUUGGGAAUAACUUAUUUCGAAAUCAUUGUUCCUGUCUCUGUGGUAAUGGAGGAGUCACUAGAAGAUCGGCUUUUGGCGAUAGAGAAGGUUCUAGGUAUAGACGAGUAUUCAAGUGCAAAGAAAGCAGACUUCGAUGUGGCAUCGUUGCAAGAGAAAAUGACUGAUUUGGGUUUGGAACGGGUAAUGAAGAUCCCUUUGUCAAAGCUGAAGAAACUGAAGAGCAUAACAAGCAGGCCACAAGCUCAACCAUUAUCCGAGCAGUUGGCUACAAUUGAAUUUUGUGAAAAUCUGAUCCGACAAAGAGCAGAACUGUUGAAGGAAUUUGAGGAACGUCUUCAGGUCGUCCUCAAUGCGGAAAAAAUCGGGUCUGUCGCGCAACAGGAAGCACAACUUGAUGGGAUCCAGUCGGAUAUUCAGAAAGGACUAGAUGAAUGGAAGCAGUACACCCUAGAUCUCGAAAAUUUCAAAACAGAGUACUUCUCUGUGAUUGCAGCGUUGCAAGAACGUCUAGAGGAGCUCGAAAAAGCGGUUGCUGCUGUUGAACGCGAAUCGGAAGCAUAAAUCAUGUAGAUAGUGCUGUAAUUAUUCUUGUAUCAUUCUCGUCUCGCUAGUGUUAAAUUAUACAGCUUAUUUAUCGGCUUUAUCUAUCCUGUCCAUAGCCAGUAUUGUGAUAAGCCGUACUUCUUUACUGGUCGUGUGCGCUUAACCCUUUGAGGGUUGAUGAAAAUUAGUCAUCACACGUCUUUUGCUGAAUCCAAG